CUGUGAGCGGGCAGUGUUUACAGCUCUGCUGCUGGAUGCAGUUCCAGCUGAUGUUACUGGGAGAGAACAAUGUUGUGUCAGCCGCCGUUGGAGUAAACACACCAGUGGGUUUGAAGGUGAUUUUGCUCAUCAUCUCCCACCACUUCCUCCUCCCGUCCUCCAUUCAUGAGCAGCGUGGCUGAGUUAAACAGCGGCAGCCAUGGAUGACAAAGUCUCGGUGGGGAAGAUUAGCGUCUCCUCGGACUCAGUGUCCACUCUCAACAGUGAGGACUUUGUCCUUGUGUCCCGCCUGGGGGACGAGACACCCUCCUCCACUAAUAAUGGUAGUGAUGACGAAAAGACAGGACUGAAGGUGAUUUCUGAGGAAGGGGUCAGCUUUAAGAUUGUGGGGAAUGGAAGUGAACAGCAGCUCCAGAGGGAGUUGGAGGAUGUCCUAAUGGACCCAUCGGUAGCUGACGCUGGGCACGGACCGGGAACAGGAAUGGAAACCUUGGGUGUAGGGGGCCGUAGCCAACUCACCACGACAGCGUCGCCUGUAGCGCCAGGCUCUGACCCUCUGAGUUCAUCCCCGCCCAAGUUGGAGAUAGUGCUGCCCGUUCAGACGGCACAGGAGAGUGAGCUGAAUGAGAGGUCGUAUCGCGGGGACGAAUCAUCAUCCGAUGGCAGUCCCGGCAGUCCCAUUCCAGAUGAGGACAGCGUUGUGUUCAGCCAGCUGACAUAUCUGGGGUGUGCAUCUGUCAACGCCCCCCGCAGUGAGGUGGAGGCCCUUCGGAUGAUGAGUAUCCUCAGAGGGCAGUGCCAGGUCCCCCUGGAUGUCACCCUAUCUGUGCCAGGCGUGUCUGAAGGCACCGUCAGGUUGCUGGACCCCAACAACAGUACGGAGAUCGCCAACUACCCUAUCUACAAGAUUCUGUUCUGCGUGCGCGGCCACGAUGGUACUCCAGAGAGUGACUGCUUCGCCUUCACCGAGAGCCACUACAAUGCUGAGAUCUUCAGGAUCCAUGUGUUCCGCUGUCAAAUUCAAGAGGCGGUCAGUCGGAUAUUGUACAGCUUUGCCACAGCGUUUCGGCGGUCAGCGAAGAAGGCUAUUCUGUCGUCUCAGCAGGCUGCUCCUCUCACCCCUGACAGUGACUUGUUCACCUUCACCGUCAGCCUGGAGAUCAGGGAGGACGAUGGCAAGGGUACAUUCAGCGCUGUGGCUAAGGACAAGGACAAGCAGAGCUUCAAGCUGCGCGCAGGGAUGGACAAGAAAAUCGUGAUUUAUGUCCAGCAGACUUCCAAUAAGGAACUUGCCAUUGAGAGGUGCUUUGGUCUUCUGCUCAGCCCAGGGAAAAAUGUGAAGAACAGUGACAUGCACCUGCUGGACCUGGAGUCAAUGGGAAAGAGCUCUGACGGGAAAUCUUACAUCAUCACAGGAAGCUGGAACCCCAACACGCCUCAGUUCCAGGCUGUGAAUGAGGAAACGCCCAAAGAUAAAUUCAUGUACAUGACGACAGCAGUGGACCUGGUCAUCACUGAGGUGGAGGAGCCGGUUCGCUUCCUGCUGGAGACGAGGGUCAGGGUGUGCUCGCCCAAUGACAGGCUGUUCUGGCCCUUCAGCAAGCGGAGCUACACUGAGACCUUUUACCUUAAACUCCGCCAGAUGGAGCGUAAGGAGCGCAAGAGUCCUGCCUCCGACACACUCUAUGAGGUGGUGAGUUUGGAAAGUGAGAAUGAGAGAGAGAAAAGGAAGACCACGGCUAGUCCCGGCAUCGUACCUGGUACCGGGGUUCCUUCACCACCUGAGGAUGAUGAAGAAGAAGAUAACGACGAGCCGCUACUCAGUGGAUCAGGUGACGUUUCCAAGGAGUGUGCAGAGAAGAUCCUGGAAACCUGGGGAGAUUUACUUUCUAAGUGGCAUUUGAACUUAUCAGUGCGGCCCAGGCAGCUGCCAGCGUUGGUGCGGAGUGGUAUUCCCGAAGCUCUUCGUGGGGAGGUGUGGCAGCUCCUGGCAGGGUGCCACAAUAAUGACCACCAGGUGGAAGAGUACCGCACGCUCAUAACAAAGGAGUCCCCCCAGGACAGUGCCAUCACCAGAGACAUCAAUAGGACAUUCCCAGCUCAUGACUACUUUAAAGACACUGGAGGGGAUGGACAAGACUCGCUCUACAAGAUCUGCAAGGCGUACUCUGUUUAUGACGAGGAGAUUGGAUACUGCCAGGGACAGUCCUUCUUGGCUGCUGUGCUGCUGCUGCACAUGCCAGAGGAACAAGCUUUCAGUGUCCUGGUCAAGAUCAUGUUUGAUUAUGGGCUCAGGGAUCUUUUCAAGCAGAACUUUGAAGAUCUACAUUGCAAGUUCUUCCAGCUUGAGAGGCUCAUGCAGGAAUAUAUACCAGACCUCUACAACCAUUUCCUGAACGUGGGUCUGGAAGCUCACAUGUACGCCUCUCAGUGGUUCCUCACCCUCUUCACAGCAAAGUUCCCUCUUUACAUGGUCUUCCAUAUCAUCGACCUGCUACUGUGUGAGGGCAUCAGCGUGAUCUUCAAUGUAGCCUUGGCACUUCUGAAGACAUCAAAAGACGAUCUGAUCCAGACAGACUUCGAGGGUGCACUCAAGUUCUUUCGCGUCCCGGUGCCAAAGAGGUACCGCUCUGAGGAAAAUGCAAAGAAGCUGAUGGAGCUGGCCUGUAGCAUAAAGAUCAGCCAGAAGAAGCUGAAGAAAUAUGAGAAGGAGUAUCACACCAUCAGGGAGCAGCAGGAGCAGCAGGAGGCCCCCAUCGAGAGAUACGAGAGGGAGAACCGACGUUUGCAAGAGGCGAACAUGCGUCUGGAGCAGGAGAACGACGACCUGGCCCACGAGCUCGUCAGCAGCAAGAUAGCUCUGCGUAAAGACCUUGACAACGCCGAGGAAAAGGCAGACGCCCUGAACAAAGAGUUGCUGCUGACUAAACAGAAACUGGUGGACUCUGAGGACGAGAAGAGGCGACUGGAGGAAGAGUCUGCACAGCUGAAAGAGAUGUGCCGACGAGAGCUCGAUAAGUCUGAAUCAGAGAUUAAGAAGAACGGCUCCAUCAUUGGAGAAUAUAAGCAGAUCUGCUCCCAGCUGAGCGAAAGACUGGAGAAACAACAGACAUCCACCCGAGGAGAGCUGGAGAAAAUCAGGUCCAAAGUGGAAGGCUGUGAGAAGUGCAGCAGUCUCUUCAACAAAGAGGGUCGUGUGCGGGCCCCUGUGUCCACGGCGCCCGGCGGAGGGAGUGAGGAGACCGACGAGGAGAAGGAGGGUUUGAAGAACCAGCUGAGGGAGAUGGAGCUGGAGCUCGCUCAGACCAAACUGCAGCUGGUGGAGGCUGAGUGCAAAAUCCAGGACCUGGAGCAUCACUUGGGUCUGGCCCUCAACGAGGUCACGGCCGCCAAGAAGACCUGGUUCAACCGAACGCUCAGCUCCAUCAAAACAGUCACUGGGACCCAGGGGAAGGAGACCACCUAACCUGAACCCCCCCCCCCCCCCCCCACCCAGCCAGUUUUACCAACGGUGUGCGGAGCUCAGAGCAACUCACCACACUGAAAAACGCCUAAUCCUAACUGGGCCAUAUUUAACUUGAACACUGACAAUUUAAACCCAGGACGACCAUUAACUACAGACUGUGUUACCUAACAAAAAUGUCCUUGUGUCCCCCCCCCUCGCUCCCUCGCCCACUGAUCUAAUCAACCAUUUUCUCGCCUUCCUCACCCCGAAUGACCUCAGCCGACCGUGCUGACGAGAAGGGGUUUGGAAAAAACACAAGAUAAAGAACGACGGUACCAUCGUCCCCGAGGAAACGACGAGAAAAGCGUUUAGAAAAUUGGAGGAUUGCUUCAUUGAUUUCUGUCUUUGUACUGCUGAUAUUAAAAAGUGGCAGAAGGAAGGUAGGACACCUGGACUGACACUGUCCUCACAGGACAGAGAGAAACACACUCCGUCCUUCCUGACUCUUCUGCAUGCUCCCCUCAAAACUACUGGCACAAACAAACCAGUCCCUGUCAAAUGUUUGUUUUUCGGUACGAGAGCUAAAAUAGGCCUUUUCAAAACUGAGCUUUUUCUAAUUUACGUUGAACAAAACCUUUUCUUUUUUUUUCUAUGUAUGUAUACGAAUGUGCUUAUGUAAAGAGAAUGUAUGUGUGUG